AUGUGCAUGUGCAUGUGGCAUGCCGCCGGCGCCUCCUCCCCCCACUUGUGGGCGGGCCCGCUGCGCGCGUGGUCCGCCGAGUUUGAGCGGCGGCCACGCGACGGCAAGGCGGACCCGCUGCUCUGGGCGCCGGCGACGACGUGGGGCGCAGGCGACGGGCUGGUGCUGCGGCUGGCGGCGGAGGUGCUGCUGCAAUGCCGCAAGUUGUACAACAUCAUCCUGUCCAACGCGUGGGAGCGGCUGCCCAAGGCGGAGCACGUCGCCUCCUUCCUCUGCACGGCGCUGCUCGACGCGAAGCACGCGCCGCUCGCCUCGCGCCUCCGGGAGGAGCGCUCCAAGGCGGCGGCCACGGCCCCGUCUGCCUCUGAGCAGCAGGUCGUGGCCAGCGCCGUGCCGCAAUCGGCCGGGCCGAACGAUGUGGAGGUGACGCGGCUGAUGGUCGCUCUUUCUGCCAAGGCACGCCACACCGCCACGGCGCCGUGGAACCUUGCGCGUUGGGUGAUGGCCGUGCAGCGCUGUGCCGCGGCGGCGCCGAGCUACUUCACGCCGCACGGUGGUUCGAUGGUCUCUCUUGGCGUCGGCGCGCCGCCAGCGGGCUCCUCUGCGCCGCCGGUUGCGAGCACCACUCCCGCCGAACCGGCCGCCACGCCCGCGCCCACCAUUCAAGGGGCGGUGGCGAGCGGUGGUCCGGGGAUGGCAACGGCCCGGUCCGGCGACGCAGACGCGCGGACGAAGGCGCUCGAGGCGGACCUCUUCGGCGACAUUGACGAUUUGUGA